CAAUAAUAUAUUGAUGUUCAAAAUAUCUUAAUCAUGCUGCAGGAGCAUAAUCAAUGUUGUCAUCAGCGCCUCCUUCCAAACAUGUUGCAGGAGCAUAAUCAUAAUCACUGUUAUCGUCUCCAUCUCCGUGUUUCAUGCCCAACAAAGAAGCAACGCAGUGUAGCUCUCCAUCUAUUUUACAGUCUCUCAUUUUGAAUUUGGAUUUGUUACUUUUGGGAGACCUUUUCUGAUUCAAUUGAUAGCUGAUUGUCAAAAGCAUAUAUAACCAAUCGAUGAUUGGCGUUUAAGAUCUUUUUUUUCUGAGAAUCUUUUAACUUUGUUCAUUUUUUCUAAAUGAAGAUUAGCGAAUUUGGAUAUGUGUGUGCUGGUAUAUUGAGACCAGAAGGCAAUGUAUGGACAUAAAGUACGAAUUGGGGGGGGGAGUGGUUGCCUUACCUGUCUGAAUUUCAUGUUUACUAGAUAUGUAUGGUAAAUGAGCAAAUCAGCAGGGUACAAGUAGGAAGGACUGAAGGAGGGAGGACAUUAUUCUCCCACAUUGCUAAAUUAGAAAGGAGCAUAAUCAUAAUCAGCGUCAUCAUCGCCGCCUCCUUCCAAACAUGCUGCAGGAGCAUAAUCAUAAUCACUGUUAUCGUCUCCAUCUCCGUGUUUCAGGCACCACGAAUUACUCGUCAUAAUAAUGGAUUUCAGAGCUACCAGAGUCAUUGUGGAUUUGGACAGAAAAUUGUGAAAGAAAUGAAGAAGAGAAAUACUUGCUUAGAUAGAAAUAACUUGGCCUUGUUUGAGUGUAGAAAACAAAGUAUCUAUAAGUGCCUUUAUAAAGGGCUGGAAAGGAACACUCCUUUAUUCCACAUGACAAGGGACAACCGUGUACUAAGUAUGUAGUCAUUACUGAAGUAU